GUUUUUGUAGUAGCUCUGUUCGGUUGCGAGUUGUAUUAACGAAAUUCUGACAAAAUAUUAACUAUUAUCUAACUGAUUUAGUUAGUGUGAAUUCUAAAAUCAGUUAAUUAUCACCAAAACGGCCGCCCCCUUCUUCACAGUUAGUUAGCAAUGGCGCCAGUAAGGUUGGCACCGAAGCCAAUCGGCGUCAAUGAGAACUUGAACGGCAUGAGCCGCGGCAUCACGACGAGGAGUAAGCAGCUGGCUACUCUGAAGACUUACAAAGACAGUUUGAAGGCGCCGAACAAGCGGAAAGCUGACAGUCCGUUGAAAGACAUCACAGCAAAACGGGCGGCCUUCGGCGACAUCACCAAUGCCUUCAACAAAACUUGCGUUAAUACAGACAAGGAUAAAGCCAUGGUCGCCAAAAAAGUCACAGUUGAAACCAAAAUGCUCCCUACUUUAAAGAGCAUCAAACCACAGGCUACAGUAGUAAACGGUAAGGCUUCCAAAACAAAGCAGCUGCAGAAAGCGGCAACAAAUGCCAUAGAGACAGUACAAAAGCAGUUUGCCAAAGACCCACCCAAGCCGGUGGCCUCCCGCGCUCAGAAUGGCAUCCUCAAGAACAUGAUUCGACGGUCUAUGGGCAAAGAGAAUCAGAACCAGAGCUCAAACUCCGCUAAAUCUGCUCGGAGUGAUGUGUCUGGUGAACCAUCUCUGUAUACAACUGCUUUGGAAAAUAUCAGCCCCAGUGAAGCUACAAAAGAGGAAUAUAAGGUAAUAAGUGAGAAACUGGACAAGGUCAAUCUAGAUGACUCACACCGAUCCCUGGAGGAGCAGAGCACAGUGCCCGAGGGUGUGGUGGACUUUGACAAGGAAAACUGGAACGACCAUCUGCAGGUCUCACAUUAUGCUAUGGACAUCUUUAACUAUUUGAAGAGUAGAGAGAGCCACUUUGCGAUUGAUGACUAUCUGCAAAGAAUGAGGGGCAUCACAUCCUGGAUGCGAGCACUCCUCGUGGACUGGAUGGUGGAAGUCCAGGAGAGCUUUGAGCUGAACCACGAGACUCUAUACUUGGCCGUGAAGCUGGUGGACCUGUACCUGAGCAAAGCCAGCCGCAGCCAGCCUGAGGCAGACCACCUCACCAAGGAGGAACUGCAGUUACUUGGAGCUUCUGCUCUCUUCAUCGCCUCCAAGUUUGACGAACGCAUUCCUCCUUUGGUGGAUGAUUUCCUUUACAUCUGCGACGGCGCCUACACGCUGAGUCAACUGUUGAAGAUGGAGAUCGGCAUCCUACGCAUGAUCGACUUCGAUCUCGGCAUCCCACUGUCCUACAGGUUCCUGAGGCGGUAUGCCAGAUGCGCGCGAGUGUCGAUGCCCACGCUGACACUGGCUAGGUUUGUGCUAGAGCAGUGUCUGCUGGAGUACACUCUGCUGGGCCUGCCGGACAGCAAGAUGGCGGCCGCCGCGCUCUACAUCGCUCUACGGAUGAAGUCUCUAGGCGGUUGGACACCCACCCUGCGCUAUUACACCAGUUACACCCUAAAAGAGAUAAUGCCAGUGGUGCUAGCACAGAACGCAACGCUACACAAGAAACCAAAAUCCGCCAUCAGCACAGUGAGGAACAAAUACUCGCAUACUAUAUUCUUCGAGGUGGCCAAAAUCCCGCUCGUGGAUGACUCUGUGCUAACAUCGGCCAGCUGAGCCAAGCCUGGGCACUUUACUGGUCAACUAAGGUAGGUUGGAAAUAUAGUGCAUACAUUCUGAUUAAGACCUCGCUAUAUUUGCUCUUAUGUGUCAACUGUCUUGUCAAAGUACAAUUGGAGACCACUCCGGAAAAUCAAGGAAUGACAAUUAAUCAUAAAGAAUAAACUGCAAUUCAAAGUUAAAUAUAUGAAAUUUUAACAUUUACCGUAUAACUGAGUAAAAAUGAGUAAAAUUUAAUUUUCUUUGAAUAAAAUAAAUAGAUAAAUCGUUGUAGCCACUGAUAGCAAUGGUUGUUGAUAAAGACUUGUUGAGUGAUAGAUGCUCUUGACGAUUCAAAAGUACUUGUAAAAGUCUAAUUGAAUAAAAAUAUUUUGAAUUUUGAAGAAAAGCGAGGACAACAGGAUGAAAAGUAUUCUCAAAAGCUUUGCAUAUUUAUAAUAGAUGGCAUUGUUAACUCAAUUUAUGAUUUUAACUGACAUUCCUUGAUGAUUUUAAUUGACAUUCCUUGUUUUUCCCGCGUAGGAUUUUAGUCCUAAACUAAAGGUAAAUCAUACUUUUGACAUGACAGUUGACAGAUAGAGCAAAUAUGGCGGGUACUUUCUCAACGCAUUAUAUACUGUUUAACUUGUAUCUUAUGUGUGAAUUGAUAAGGCUACAGUCACUAAAUGUAACAUCAAAAUUUCCAAAAAUCUAAAAAGACUUCCCUAGUAGGUACCUACUGUAAAAAACCUAUUUUUUUUUUUGUAAUACUGUAACAGAUGAAUGUACCCGCAAUACAAUUGAAAAUUGACAAAUCUAUUGUGUAUUCACUAUUACAAUUUACGAGAUAUGAUAUAUUUAAAAUUUCCAUAAAAGCCAGCCUUAAUUUUUAGCUAAGAAAAUGAGAAUAGUACUCAGUUUAUUUUUUUGAGGUAUGCAAUUUCCUUAAGUGAUCUAGGAUAUAGUGAAUGUAACUUUAGCCUUAUUCAAUUUUUUGUAAUUUAAAUGUAAAUGAGUGAAUGCUAGGGUGUAUUCUGUAAUAUAAUUUAUCUAAGAUGAAAAUGUCUCAAUAAUAAAAUACCAUAUUAUUAUGUAAUACCUUGUUUCCUGAAUGAAACAACACAUUUUUCGGAAGUCGUAUUUAUUGAGAAAAUUAUUAUAUGGAUAAGUUAUUGAGACAUUUAUUUGCUUUAACUACUUAUGAUCGGUUUUUGUGAACCCCUAGCAUGUAACGAUUUGUUUAGAAGACGUAUGUAAGGUGCCCCGAAGGCUCCCUAUUUUAACAGGUAACAAUGAAGAAACGAAUCUAAAAUGGCGGCUUAUACUUGUAAUGACAGUGAGAGAUUCAAUGGUCAAAAAAAAGUAUGUAUUAAUUUUUUUAAAUUAUUUAUUGUUGGUAGCAUUUUUUUUAAAUUGACAAGCUUGUAUCGAUAUUAUUAUACUGAUACUGGACUUAAAAAGACUAUUUUCAAAAUAUAUUACACUAGUAUAUGAUGCCCGCGACUUCGUCCGCGUGGAUACAGGUAUUUUAAAAAUUCCGUUGGAAAUCUAUGAUUUUCUGAGAUACAAAGUAGCGUUCGUCUUAGUAAUGCAAGCUCUGUGCCUUUCUUCAAAAUCGGUUGAUCGGAUGGGCUGUGAUAAGGUAUAAGAAAGACAACUUAAAAUUAUCGUGUUUGCUUAUCGGUUCACCUGUUCUCUCAUAGUUGCCAAACUAUUAAUAAGAUUUAGAUAAAUAAGUUGCAUGAUAUAAAAAUUCUGCCUAUUUUUUUUGCAUGCAGUACUCAAAAGUGUGAGUAUGACAGGUAUAGUGUACAAGUGAGAGGUGUAGCGCACCACUUUAAGAUUCUUUUCUUUAUUGGCAUGACUUAUAGAUUAGAUAUAUUUGACUUAUGUUUAGAACAAUUCUCGGCGAAAGAAAAGAAUGUAGAACAAUGUAGAAUAAUUCAAAGUUAUUAAAAAAGAUCUUUUUGGUUGAAUGACCAAAUGCUGAGAUGUCGUAAAACGUGCAACUUUUUUGGGUCUGCGCAGACCAAUUGGCAAAUGCUGCUAGCACUUUUCCUAUAGAUAUUUAAACAAAAACCUCAUGCAAUUUUAUUUGAGGCGAAAAUAUAAAGCAUAAUGUCAGUAUUUGAAUGAUCUCUGGUCCCAACCCUCCAAUAGCUAUGUAUAAUGCAGACAUUCUGAGAUCUUGCUCGCCAUUUUAACUGUCAUGUCAAAAGUACGAUUUAAAUCCUUAGAUAUUUUUGAGCUGACCAAAAGUUACUAUGACGUCAAGUUCCAAAUCUUAGUCCGUUCAGCGUUAGCAAUUCUAAACAUGUCAGUUUAACAAUUGGAGGGUUGGACCAAAAGCUUUCUUUGAAGAAGUUCGAGCAAAUUCUGUCUUGAAUAAUUGAAUAAAUGUGCAAUUUAUUAAUCCUUGGAAAAGUUGUUAUCACAUGUGAGCGAUUAGCUAAGUUUGCUGCUCGGUCUGCAUUGCCCUUUGUUACUUGUAACAAAAGUAUUUUGUUAUUAAAUAAAUAAUUAGAGCCUGUUUCACAACUGCCAGAUAAACUUUAUCUAAGGAAUAAAUACGUUUUUAUAUUGGAAAUCUGCCAAAAUGUCUUUAUUCAUUAGAUAAAGUUUAUCCGGAGGUUGUGAAACAGGUCCUUAAUAUCGUAUUAAUUUCGUACUUGUUGGUACUUAGGAAGCAUUUAUUUCGAAAUUUAAUAUUAUACAUAUACUUUAAUGUUGAUAAGAAAUUUUAGAGUCUAAAAAAUUUCGUACCAAUUUGCAUUUCCAAUAUUAGUUUUAACGCAGAUGACUGAUAGGAAUCGGUCCAUCGGUCAUCCACAAAAAAUCGGUUCUGUAAAAAUCACCGGAUAUCUGAUCGAUUCUCGUCCUUUCGAAUUCAUAAACCAUUAAUAGUUUAUUAACCGCAAAUCCACAAAUAAAAAAUCGGCUCUGCAAAAAUCGCAAAAAAAAAUAUAACCGAUUGUUGCUGUUGUGAAUUCUAAAAAAUCACAGAAAAUUUUCGAUUGAAUUUAAAACAUGCAGCCAGACCAAUAUAACAUCGUAAUCGUAAGAUAAGUUGAGUCGUAGAAGAAAAUCCUAAAAAUGCUUAAAUCGGUUGUCUGUGUAAAACUGUGUGUCCUUAGUAAAACGAAGCAAAGACUGAUGUGAUAAUAUGUAGUUGCGGUAAUAUAAUGUGUAGUGCAUACAUUUUGAAAACGCACUAUGCUAUUUUUGUUGUAUGUGUCAAUGGUCAUGUCAAAAGUACUUUAAUCCUUAUUCUAAGGGUAAACCAUACUUUGGACAAGACAGUUGACCUAUAGAGCAAAUAUGGCGAGUGUGUGCUCAAAAUGUAUGCAGUAUACGCAUAUUUUAUAACCCCAUGGUAGGGAAAAGUGCCAUAAAGUUGGCAUAUCCACAUCUGAAAAGACUUGAGACAACAUCCUCUAAUAAAUGGCAGGUGGUCAGAGUAUGUAAGAAUAUCAGUAAGAGUAACAGCUGCAUUCAAUGAAGCUUGCAGAUCACUAAUACUAAUUUAUUAUUAUUAUAAAGCAAAGUCCUCCGGUCGCGUUCAUCUGUACCUGAUGAGAAAAUUUUAACUUUUUAAUUUGACAGUAACAUAAGUUUGAAAGGCAAGACGCGCGAGGUUCCCCCCAGCCCUCCCUCAAUCCUCUCCAUCCCUUCCUCCUCCCUCUCCUCCACCCCUUCCUCCUCCCUCUCCACAACCCCCUACCUCCCAGAAUGCAAGCUAAUAACUGACUAAAGUAGAGAUAGGUAAAUUUUUACCUUCGGCCGAAAACUACGAAACGAAGUUUCCAUGGGAAUAAUCUCUAAUAGUUUAUUUUUGUAACAAAUAAAACCAAAAUCCGACCAAAUCUUAUCAUUAUACAAAGCCCUACGAACCUCAAUAGGUAGAUUACGUGCAUUCCAAUAUGAAAGACCAACAUUUUUUAUGUCUCAUUAGUAAUAAUUAAAUUACUGAUAAAUUGUGUCUUCCUAUAGUUCGAUUAUAGGAUAGUUUCAACCGCAAAAUAUAUGUAGCUAAGAUGCAAAGGAAUCGUAAGGUCAAAAAAUUAAGACAAAAAGAAACAAUUUACGCGCGAUUGAAGACACGUAGAUUGGACGAUUCAAAAGUACUUGUAAGAGUUUGAAUAAACACACGCGAUUAUUAUAGACGCAUAGACUUGUCUUCUGAAUAAAAAAUCUUUCUAUUAUGAUAUCCCUUUAGUAAAACUUCUUAGACGCGGCAGUUAUUGGGUAUGAUUAGCCAUAUUAGAAUUACGUGUUUUGUUAGUUGAAUUUAGUUGGUUUGAAAAUACAUCGUAGUAUAUAAAAAAUAGAGUUUUUAAUCUAUGGCACUAACGACUAGGUACUUUAAAAUAUCCGGAUAAAAAAUCUGUAAUGCUUGGUGACCAUUUUAAUUUGAAGUAACAAUCGCGUUACUUCCGUUUGAUUUUUUUUUGAGUUACUCUGAAGUGGCGCUUACAGAAGUCCUUGUAUGCAAGGAUAUUGUGAAAGAGAUCCCUACUAGACACUAUACACGGAGAGUUCAUAUAGGGCUCUCUCUGUUAUGUAAUCCCAUACAAUUGACAAGGACAAAAAGUAGGUGUUCACCAUUUUGAAUGACCAACCAAUCACAAUUUCCAUGGAUAGAGUAGCAGUAGUAUAUAAUUUUGCUCAAUACCUACUGCAAUUGGGAUGAAAUCCAAAAAAAAUAAUUGUAAAAUUGUAUUAUUUUGUUUCAUAAAUAAACUCUUAUUAAUUAAAAAAAAAACUAUUAAAUUACUUUUCAUAAUAAUAAUAAUUAUUGAUUGAAAUCAUCAUGAUUUGUUCAUGAAUUUUUUUAGUGUACAUCAACUUAUUUAUUAUGUUUAUGUAUUCAAAGAGUUCUGUACUUUUCUAAUAGCUCUUCCAUAAUGUGACUUUGAUACUAUUAUACUUACCCAUAUUUUAUAAUUAAAAUAUUGUGUUUACGCACAUUCGACUGUGUUAACUUUGAUUAAAAAUAAAAUGCUAUUAAGCUGAACUAACUACUAUAAUAUUGUUUCAAAUCAAUCAUUAAAUUGUCAGUAACUUAUGUUUGUUUUAACUUUUAAGUAAAAGUAACGAUAGCGUUACUUAAAUUGUGACAAUUAAUAUUAUUGUGGAUUCGUGACAUAAGCUAUUGUAAUACCUAUUAUGUUGUGACAUAAACGAUUAAUAUCACUAUAUGUACUUUCAUAUUUUGUCUGGGAUGAAAAUAACAUUGACUAAAAAUAAGUGCCAAUUUGUAUUAUAAUAAAACAUAAUGGUAAACAAUACCUAAUAGUUUAUUUUUAAGCUACUUUGUCAUCUCAACUUGCUUCUGACAGAGCAAACCGAUUUUGUAUAUUAUAUGUACAUGUAUUGUAUUUUGGCAUACUUUGCUAACGCUGUUUUAAUCAUUAUAGUAUAAUAUAAAUGGAUUUUUGUAAUGUUUUAAUUAAUUUACAUAGUAAUUGUUGCGUGAAUUGAUUCGCAAUCGUCAUGUUUUGUAAUUUAUCACAUUUUAAAAGAGUACAAAAUAUUGGAAUGUUAUUAUAAAUAAAUGUUGUUCACUAAUGAUAAGUUUUAGAAUAAUACUACACUUUUAACAGCUGUUUUUUUUUUUAAUUCGUAAUAUCUUUUGUCUUCAAAUAUACAAGAUUAAUGUAAAACUCAUGUGUAAAUAAAUAAAAGUGAUUUUGGUUUGGUAA